UGGAAAAAAUGAAGGUGACACAAAAGGUUCAAAUGGUAAAGGAAUCAAAUCCUCUAUAGAAAUAUAAAUAUAAAUGUUAUUUUCUAGAUAACAGUCGUUUAGGUAGUAUUAAUAGUGUCCAACAAGAAGAUACCAAAGGAAAAUCGAUUAGCAAAACUUCAAUGGAUGUACAUGAGAGCAAGGUGGAAAAGGCAGAAGACAAAGUGAAAGAGCCAGAAGGAAAGACGAUAGAGCCUGAAGACAAGGUGGCAGAGGCAGAAGACAAGGUCGAAGAGCCGAAAGGCAAAGUGAAAGUAGCUGUGGGUAAGGUAGAAGGGCCAGAGGAAAAAGUGAAAGAAGCUGAAGAUAAGGUAGAAGAGCCAAAAAGCAAAGUGAAUGUAGCUGAGGAUAAGGUAGAAGAGCCAGAAAACAAAGUGAAAAAAGCUGAAAAUAAAGUGGAAGAGCAAAAAAAUAAGGCGGAAGAGCCAGAAGUUGGAAAUGAUGGGGAAAACGAGCGAAAAACUUCGAAAGGUACAGAAAUUUCAAAAAGUGGAAAUGGCAAUAGUGUAGAGGAAUCGAAACACAAGGUACAAAAAGAUGAUUUGAAAAACGACAAAGAAAUAAUAAAAGAUGAAAAUAACAAAGACACAAACAACUAUAAGGACGUGAGUGAAAAGACUACUACUGUUAAGGAAGGAAAUUCUGAAGAUCUCUACACAGCAACUAAUGACGAUUCUGAGCCAGGAGAUGAUACAAAUCAUCAAAAUACUAGAGAUGAUUCUUUAAAUGGAUAUAAGCAGAAGCGGUCAGCGGUAUAUUCAAUUAAAUCCUUAGUGAGUGCUUUGAAAGAUAUGGAUGAAAAAAAUGCAAAAUCCGAAAGUGAAACAGAGCUUUAUUAUAGAAUGGAACAACCGGAUACUGGUUCAAAAUCAGAGUCAGUUGUUAAUGACGAAUAUAAUAAAAAAGAUAGCAGUAAAAAAUCGGAUAGUAAGUCUACCACUUAUACCGAAACGAUUUCUGAUAAAUCUCAGAAAUUACCAGAAAAUUUAAACACAGGCGAUAAUAGUACAACAACACCUGCACAAACAAAUCAACAGAAAACCAGGUCAAAUGAAAUGAAAGGUGAUAACUCGACCGUUAUUAAUUCCGAAUCAAAUGUUAAAAAAAAAAAUAAGGAAGAUCAAUCUGUUGAUAAAAUUGUGAGUUUCCCAAGCAGCUCAAUUUCAAAUGGUAAUACGGAGGCACCCGCUCAGAUUAAAGACAAUAAAUCCAGUUUAAAUAAAACAUUAAGUACUGAAGAAAAAAUAAAUGCGGAACAUGAUGCUGUUAAUAAAACAAAAGAUACAAUUUCAAACUAUAAUAAUGAAACAGCUACACAAAUCAAAAAUAAUCAAUCUAAUUUAAACCAAACAUUACCUGCCAAACAAAAAGUAAUUGAUCCGACUUUUAAAGAUUUAGAAUCAAAUAAUUCAAACAACAAAACCAAAAAUAGUUCCGAGAAUCCACUUCUAAACCACAAUAGCACAAAGAGCUCAAAUGAGAGUGCAGUUCAUAAAAAUGAACAUAAAAAGGAAACGGUUACUGAUUCUGAAUUAACUAAUGCAAAAUUAAAUUCCGAAGAACAUACAGUUGGCAAAGCAAAGAAAUUACCAGAAAGCCCUCCUUUAAGUCAAGAUACCUCUACGCAUUCAGACUUAAAUAAUCAUGAAUCAACUUUGGAUAAAACAACGAGUUCAAAUAGCUCCAAGUUAAAUGAAAAGUUUCAAUUAAAUAAAAAUUCUAAAAAUGAAGAGGCGGCAGUAACAAUUAAAAGCCAGAUCGUAAAUAGAAAUUCUAAAUUGGAAAAUAAUCACAUUGAUGUAGCUUUGAACAAAUUUACUUCUCCCAGCAAUACCACUAAUGUUACACAAUCAAUUAAAGAAACACAAUAUAAAAAUAAUACAACAGUGCAAUCCGAAUCUUCAAAUUCCUCUUCUACAAUAUAG